AAAUCAACAACUACCUAUUUUCACAACAAUUGAAACUUUAAAAAAACAACCAGGUAGCCAAUGAGUGUUCUGAGUAGUGGCUGCUAAUACAAUUCCGAGCCAUUGAAUGCGUCAUUACUGCAAUAAAUUACAGAUCUUCCAGCUCAUUAAGGCAUAAACAUAUUAAUUGUUAGCUUCAAGUGAAAGCAAGUGACAGAACAAUGGCAGAAAGUUCAGCAGAGGGAUCGAAACCCCAAUCGGCGGAGCUUCUCGACUCGUCAGAGAUGAAGCCCGGGAAACACCUGCAGAUGAAGCCUGCCGCAGCAAUUCUGCUCCAAAAUGGCGGCUUCUUCGAUUUUGUGAAAAAUGCCUCUCAAGAAGUGGUUGUGCGCUUCUUCAGGCAGGCCAUAAAGCAAAUCGAGGAAAGCAGACAUAUAAAUGACUAUCACUUUAAACUCAAACCCUCAAAACCCUCGGGGUUUCUCAUCGAUGUCUUCUACGGCGAGAGCCGCGAAGGGCCGGAAAUCGUAGAGCCAGGGUCGUGCAUUUCGUGCAAUGAUUCGGCGCCCCUGUUUCCUAGCCAGGCCGAUUCUGUGUGCGCGGGUGAGUGCGUCCUCAGGGAGUUCAGUGACCAGCCCUUUGUUCAAUGUUCGCUGGAUGCAAAGGCCAGGCCUGGCUUCAUCGUUACCCCUGUUCGCCAUGUCCAAAAAUUGGGGGAUUUGGACGACCAGGAGCUCUUUGCUCUGUGGAGCGUGGGCGUCCGCGCUUUGAAAAGUGAGGGUUUGAAUUUCACCAGCAUGAUUGUUAACCAUGGCAGUUACAGGAAUCUGCCGCACCUGCACCUCAAGAUUUGGGUGGACGAGCGGGAAUUUGGGAGGGCCGUUGUCAGGUGGAGUGCUGAGAAGAAGAAGCUGUUGUCGAUUCUCCAGCGGCUCGCCUCUGCCCUGCCGAAGAAGCGUGCAAUGUGCGCUGUUGUUCAGAAAGGAAGGAAGUGCAGGUUUGGGGAGCGUUGCAGGUUUAGUCAUUAAUGGCAGCUCUUUUGCUUACUGGUUUUUUUAAAUUUUGUUUCGCACAGUGUAUCUAUCUUUCUGGUUUAAAUUUUGUUUCGCAGUGCAUUUAUCUUUCUUUUUUAAAUUUUGUUUCGCACAGUGUAUCAAUCUUUCUGGUUUAAAUUUUGUUUCAAUACAAUUUAGGCGCUGGCCACAAUGUUUUGGAA